ACGACGUGGACGCCUUGACAAUGCUACUCCUACAUGUUAGCACACCCUCCUCCCAAAGCCCAGGCUCCCACACGGACGAGAGACAUUGCUGCUCGUUCUCCGCGUACGGUCUCCGCGCUGCCAAAACAGCAAGACUUGUGAACUAUUGAGAGCCAUGGCAGAGACUGUAGGUUCUGCUGUCAUGGGGGAAACCGUGAGUACAAUCAUAUCGAGCAUUAGCAGAAAGACUGAAGAGAAGAUUGACCUAUUGGAAAACAUUGAAAGACUAGAGAUAGCACAUAUCAAGCUUGAAGCUGCCCUGGACAUGUCCAAGAAAUGGCAAAUUUCCAGCAUACCACUACUACGGUGGCGGAGGAAGCUGAAGCUUGCCGCUCAGGAGUGUAACAACGUACUGCGCCAGAGCAAGCAACGUGCCAUUGAAGAGGAAGAUAUUAGGCAGCGCAUGAGCCAGUCCUCCUUUCCCAAACGGAUUGCUCAUGCUACCAAGUCACUCGUCUCUUCUUUCAUUCCUUUCGGCAAAGACGAGCCGCCCACAAUUAGCUCUUCAGACAUCCAAAGAUUCGAGAGGUUUGCAGAUGGCGCAAACGAAUUCUUAAAGUUCGUAGAGUUCGGUGGGACCCCGCGGCAGUACAUGUUUUCUGAUCCUCUUAUUGGCCAUCUUCUUACAGGGAAGUCUGUGAGGUAUCAAGUGGUACAAGGCAGUAAGCUCUCAUAUUUUGGCAUACGACCCAUGAAUUUUGCAGAGCGUGGAGUAGAGGCAAUGAUCGGUUUUAUUGUCGUAGACUUCAAGGAUCCUAUGAAAGGUUUAAUCCUCAGCUUCAUUCUACGCCUUUCUGACAGUACUGACAUAUUUGGCGUCAUGAUCAAGUGCAUGCAGUCAGUUACUCCUCAUUACAAGUUUGUAGCUGAACAUGUCAAAAGAGAGCUCAUUCAGCUGCCCACCCAGGAAUUUUCUUUUCUGCUCCAUUCUCCUUACGUGCAAAGUGACGACUGGAGCAAUAUCCACAGUACUCUGACAAAAUGGUGCCGCCCAAACCCGCUGUGCUGCAAUGAGAAUAAUUUCACACCAUGCUCUAGCACAAGCAACACAAUUGGAUCAUCAUCAUCAUUAUCACCAAGGCUGUUGUGUGAAGCAUUUCCAGAGGAGGUUAUCAUGGUGCUUUUGCAGUGUCGUAUGUUGCUACCUGAUCAGCACAGAAACAGGCAGAAUUCAGCUACAUCUACUGAUCUUGGGGGAGGAAGUUCUCUGAAUCCAAAUAUGCACCCUCUAAAGCUGGGAAUUCUGUUCAUGCCUCAUGACUCACCGGAGGACAUCGAUCCUGCAAUGGAGAGCUAUGCUCUAGAGGUCACUGAUGAAAAGGAACAUGAUACAAUACACACGGAACUAGGCCUUCAAGACCUAGAUGAGAAGUUACUCCCAAAGGCGAUAGACCAUCUGUAUCAGAAUGCUGAGUCCAAGAUGUAUCAAAUGUGCUUGAAGACUAGGCAUGGCACUGCACAUCUUUGUGUGGAGAAGACGACAACAAAAAUGCAGAGUGCUCGUCGGAGUACAGCCACUAGACAAGCUCACAGCAGAAGGGUACAUAUUCAGGACAAAAGGGCAGAGCAAUAUAAGCAAGCAGCCGGAGACCUGCUGAAGCUACGGGUUGUGCGUGCAUCUGACAAGCUCCAAGGCUCGAUCAGGUCUUGGGCUGCUGAGCAAAACAUACCUUAGAUGUUACAUCGGUAUAGGAAAAUUAAAUAAAUUUGUACAUCAACCUGUCUAGUUAUUUUAAAAGAUCUAAGUGCUAGAGAUUUUUGUGUAAAUUCGGGGCUUGUAAUAACUAAUCAAAGCCCGAAAACAAGCAUCACAUGAAGCAUGCAUGUGUAUCUAUACCAACUUUAAAGAUUUUGGGCACCUUCUGCACACAUUUGUAUUUGUUUUAUUUUUGUU